AUGUCACGACUAGGCGUGUUCUUCUACGUGCCGAACGUUAUCGGGUACCUCCGGAUGGUCAUCAUCGCUGCAGACUGGCUUCUAGUCAAAGAUGACGUCUGGUUUGCCGUGCUCUUCUUCGUCUCCGUUCUCCUGGAUGGCGUGGACGGGUGGGCGGCCCGACACUUCCGUCAGGUCUCGGCGUUCGGUGCCUUGCUCGACGUGAUCAUCGACCUCGGAGCCCGGGCCAUGCUCUGGAGCCUCGUGUGGCCCAGGUUCGGCGGAUUCAUCUCGUCCAUCGAGUGGGUCGGCUUCCUCUGCAACUACAAGGAGGCCGGAAAGGACUGGAAGAGUCCGAGAGACCAUCCGCGCUGGAUUCGGGUCAUUCUGGCGAACGGUUUCAAAAACUUCUGGGGCGGGAUCCUGGUUCUGGGCACGCACUUCCUGCCCCUGGGCAUCUUUGUGGCCGAGCGGGGCAUUGUAGGCUGGGAACUGAUGAAGCCCGUCAUUGGGUUCUUGUGGUUCGGGAAGGGCAUUUGCUUCAUGACAGAAGCUUACUUCAUUGGCUACCACGUCAACAAGAUUAAUCCCUGA